AUGGAGGAUGCAGCAAGGAGGAACAAGGGGCGGCUCAGACUGAAUGCAAACAAGCUCAACACUUUCAACUAUGGCCGCUUCCGCUCAGCGUGGUGGAAGGUGAGCCGGAUCACGCCAGAAACUUUCGAUUACAUCGCCGACACUGGAGAUGUCCUGCUCUUCAAGUCUCAAGGCACCUUCCCGCAGCUGAUUCGAGCUGCCUCCAGAGCAGCUGCGAUGAACGGGCGCUACGACCACGUCGGUCUAAUUCUGAAGUUGGAAGGUGGUGCCACUGCAAUCUUAGAAGCAACAGGCAAUGAAGGCGUUGGCCUGUGCACCUGGUCCAACUUCCUAGCCAACAAUUGGCAGAAGCUCUAUCCAGAGUUGGCGCUUCGAAGAGUGCGGUGCAACCGGAAUGCAGAAACUCUGGGGGUACUGCAGGAGUGGGUUGGGAAUGUCAUUGGAAAGCCUUACAACAUCUCUGUUGGGAAAUUGAACCACAGAGGCUCCACUGGAGGGGACCAGGAGGACUUCUUUUGCUCGCAAUUAGUGGCCGAAGCAUUGAAGGUUAUGGGCGUGAUUCCCCGAGGGCAAAGAGACUCCGCCGAGUUUUGGCCAGACUCUUUUUCUGCCAAGAGCCCGCCCAUUGAGUGCACUCCCGACUGUAGCUUCGACCCUGAAGAUUUGACCAUCGACUUCGAUCUCUCGAAAGGCACCACUGACGCAAAAGCCUCCGCUGGGCAACAGCGUGACGCCACAGUAAGCCUGUGGUAA